CGGCGGGAGCGGCUUUCCCGUCCUGGCAGCCGGCAAGGAAUUGGGAGCGGCAGGAGCGGCUGUCCCGGCCCGGCAGCCGGCAGGGAGUUGGGAGCAGCUGCCCCGGCCUGGCUCUGAACCCAGCAGCCGGCAGGGAAUUGGGAGCGGUUGUCCCGGCCCAGCUCCUGCUCCCGGCAGCAGACAGGGAAUUGGGAGCGACUCUCCCGGCCCGGCAGCCGGCAGGGAAUUGGAAGCGGCUGGCUGUCCCGGCCCUGCUCUGAACCCAACAGCCCCCAGGGAAUUGGGAGUGGCUCUCCCGGCCCGGCAGUAGGCAGGGAAUUGGGGGCGGCUGUCCCGGCCCGGCUCCUGAACCCAGAAGCCCCCAGAGAACUGGGAGCGCCUGUCCCGGGCCGGCAUCCGGCCGGGAAUUGGGAGCGGCUGUCCUGCCCCGGCUCCUGAACCCAGCAGCCUCCAGGGAAUUGGGAGCAGCUGUCCUGUCCCGGCCCGGCUCCUGAACCCAGCAGCCGGCCGGGAAUUUGGGAGCGGCUGUCCUGCCCCAGCUCCUGACCUCAGCAGCCCUCAAGGAAUUGGGAGCAGCAGGAGCGGCUGCCCCGGCCCGGCUCCUGAACCCAGCAGCCCUCAGGGAAUUGGGAGCGGCUGGCCCGGCUUGGCUCCUGCUCCCGGCGUUGUUCGUGGUUCUUCUCAGCGGGAGCUGGCGGGCUCGGGACCGGGCAUUCCUUUAGGGUUGAACGUUUUAGGCUGUUUUCAGCUAUCAGAGUGUCUGGGAACACUCGCUUUGUUGAGUCAGCGCGGUGACCCGGAGCUCCAGCCGGUGAACGGAGCUGUUAUUUCACCGAUAAGCCCGGAGUGUGCAGGGCAGGAAAGAUGCGAGGUUAGAAGUUGAUCCGAUGUCCCCUCGCUGUGCUGGGAGUAAGGAGCCAGCUCCCAUCCCGGCUGCCGGGCAUCCCACAGUGAGCUCCCAGUUCCAGGGGAAGCCAGGUUGGCAAGCGGCUGUCCACGCCUGCGGUCAGGCCCGGAGGAUGUCCCGGAGCGGCUGGCAGCGCUCGGAGCACCGGGAGAUGUGACCUGCAUCCCCCAUCGCAGCCAUUCCUCGGUGGGAUCGCUGCUCCCGCUGCGCCUUCCCGGAAUAACUUCGGGAGCUAAAAGGAAACAGCGAGGCCUGAAAUGUUGGUAUUGACAGCAGCCCGUGGGCUCAGAGAUGGAUUCACCAGAAGGGGCUUCCAUUAGAAGUGAGCAGAAAUACAGAGACUGUGGAUGUAACACCAACACUCCUCUGAGAGGGAUCUGUGGGUAGUAAUGUCAAAACAGAAAUUCCUAAAAAGCCUGAUAAGAAAGCAGCCUCGGGACCUUCUGCUGGUGAUUGGGACGGGGGUGAGUGCUGCCGUGGCCCCAGGAAUCCCAGCACUGUGCUCCUGGAGGAGCUGCAUCGAGGCUGUGCUUGGAGCAGCUGAGCAGCUGGAGGUGCUGCACCCCGGGGAUGUCGCUGAAUUCCGCAAGAAGGUGGCCAAAGAGAGGGACCUGCUUGUGGUGGCACAUGAUCUCAUCAGGAAGAUGUCACCACGUACCGGGGACACCAAGCCCAACUUCUUCCAGGAUUGCCUAAUGGAGGUGUUUGAUAAUUUAGAGCAGCACAUUCAGAACCCUGUGGUUCUGCAGUCCAUCCUGAGGCUCAUGGAGAGAGGCACGAUGGUUCUGACUACAAACUAUGAUAACCUGCUUGAAAUAUUUGGUCAGCAGCAGGGUAAACCCAUGGAAUCUUUAGACCUUAAAGAUAAGGAUAAGGUUCUUCAGUGGGCAAGGGGCCAUGUAAAAUAUGGAGUUCUUCAUAUUCAUGGCUUAUAUACAGAUCCCUGUGGAAUGGUGCUCGAUCCCUCAGGAUAUAAAGAUGUUACUCAAGAUCCUGAAGUCAUGGAGGUUCUCCAGAACUUGUACAGAACCAAAUCCUUUUUGUUUUUGGGCUGUGGAGAGACUCUGCGUGACCAGAUAUUCCAGGCUCUUUUUCUUUACACAGUAAAGAACAAAGUGGAUCUAGAACAUUACAUGUUGGUGCUUAAAGAAAAUGAAGACCACUUUUUUAAGCUGCAGGCAGAUAUGCUGCUGCAUGGAAUAAAAGUGGUGUCCUAUGGGGACUGCUUCCAACAAUUCCCAGAGUAUGUCCAGGAUCUGACUGCUCAAAUCUGCAAACAGAGAAGUCCAGAUGCUGACCGGGUGGACAGCACAACGCUCUUGGGAACAUCAUGUGUGGACUGUGCUAAAAGGAAGUUAGGAGAAAGUGGCACUGAUUCUCCUAAGAGGAUCAAAGAGUCAGAUAUGCCCACUCUUGAAUGAAAAAACUCCAGACACCAAAGGCCCACCCCAGAAGCUUUUUAACAGUAGGUGUUUAACAUCUGCUGCAUGGAAAGUUUUGAGAUGGUAUUUUCAUGAUUUUAAAUUGAAUAAAAUUGUACAUACUA